AGAGUCAGCAGCAGACCGACACGGAGGGACACAGGCUGUGUGGUUAACCAUCCCGUAGGACUUGUCCCCUGUUACGAAGUAUGAAGUACUUCAUCUUCGCCGCCCUCGUGGCGUUAGCGCUCGCCGACCCUUCGGUCUAUUUCAAGGAAGAGUUUCUAGAUGGAGCUGGCUGGGAGGACCGCUGGGUGCAGUCCACCUUCAAAGGCGACCUACAGGGAAAAUUCGUCUUGAAUGCUGGUAAAUGGUACGGCGAUGCGGAGAAGGACAAGGGACUACAAACGUCCGAGGACGCCAGGUUCUACGGGGCCUCGGCCAAGUUUGAAGCCUUCAGCAAUAAGGACAAGCCUCUGGUCAUUCAAUUCACCGUCAAACACGAGCAGAACAUCGACUGCGGCGGCGGUUACGUGAAGCUCUUCAACUGUGACCUCGACCAGGAGCAGAUGCACGGCGAUUCUCCUUACGCGAUCAUGUUCGGUCCCGACAUCUGCGGACCUGGAACCAAGAAAGUACACGUCAUCUUCAACUACAAGGGCAAGAACUUCCUGAUCAACAAGGACAUCCGAUGCAAAGACGACGUCUUCACCCAUCUGUACACGCUCAUCGUGAAUCCCGAUCAGACGUACGAGGUUCGCAUCGAUAACGAGAAGGUCGAAUCCGGCGAACUCGAGAAGGAUUGGGAUUUCCUCCCGCCGAAGACCAUCAAGGACCCCGAAGCCAAGAAGCCCGCCGACUGGGACGAUCAGGAGAAAAUCGACGAUCCCGAGGACACGAAACCCGACGGCUGGGACCAGCCCGAGUACAUCCCCGAUCCCGAUGCGAAGAAACCCGAAGAUUGGGACGACGAGAUGGACGGUGAAUGGGAACCCCCUCAGAUCAACAAUCCCGAGCACAAGGGAGAAUGGUCUCCAAAGAAGAUCGAUAACCCCAACUACCAGGGAGUCUGGAUUCAUCCCGAGAUCGAAAACCCUGAGUAUCAACCCGAUGAUGAGAUCUAUCUCCAGAAAGAGAUCUGCCACGUUGGUUUCGAUUUGUGGCAAGUGAAGUCUGGAUCCAUCUUCGAUAACAUUCUCAUUACCGACGAUGCCGACUACGCUCGGGAGUACGGAGACGAAACCUGGGGCGUAACUAAAGACGCCGAGAAGCAGGCCAAGGACGCCUUCGACAGUGCCGAGAAGGCAAAGGAGGAGGAAGCCACCAAGAAGGAGAAGGAGGAGACAGAGAAGGACAACCAAGACGUCGAUGAUGACGACGACGCCGACGACAAGGAGCACGAUGAAUUGUAAAGAGUAUCCUUCGAAGUCAAAUUUUUGAAGGGCUUUUCAGAACAACAUUGAUGAACACUUACACAUACACACACACACCCUCCGCGAACAGGGACGAACAGAAACAUUCACACACAUGUGAGAGAAGUCGUACAGGAGAAUUGACUAGUUUCUUCGCGUACAAGAACAUAUUAUUAUUAAAUUAAUUAAAGUCAACAGCCCCCGGUUAUUUUAUGGGAAUCGCGAAGCAAGAAGAGGAUCAAGAAUCGUCGCCGCAUCGAAACGGGGCUGCUCGCGGAAAUCUCUAUAAAUAUAAAUACGGUAUAUAUAUUGGACGAACAAAGCAUGCAGAAAAACGGUGAAAAUUCCAAUCGGUUCUCCAGACUCAGCCCUUCCUCUGGGCUCGGUGAGAAAAGACCUUGCGACCUGCUCUCUUCGUAAUGUCAUAAAUAUUUCCAGUUGUAAAUACAUUUUAGGCAAAUGAAAAACGAAACUACACUGCGAAACACGAGGAAUCUGUUUUGGUAACAUCUACGAGCGGAAGGAGUAAGAGCAAUUUAAAUAAACGGUGCUACCGUGUUU